CCCAAUUCCUUUUGAUCGUGUAGGUUGUAUAGAGUCUCUCUCGAAAACUCCGUCUCUGCUGUUCACAAGAAGACUCCGGCGAGCAAGUUUGGGUCCGAUUCGAAUAUAUACAUAUUCUAGAGAUUUGGGGAGGUCUUUGAAGUAAAACGCAUCAUGGAUUCAUCACAGGGUGCUGCAACAGCAGUGACUGGUGGUGGUGGUGGUGGUGGCAAUGGGCUGAUCUCUCAGGCCAAUGAUACGGCAGCAGUAAAUGCCUUGGACGAUCCAAAGCAAAACUUGAAUCAGGUCAUCAACUCUAUCCAGAAAACUUUGGGCCUCCUUCACCAGCUCUACCUUACUGUCUCUUCCUUCAAUGCUGCCUCUCAGCUUCCUCUUCUCCAACGCCUCAAUUCUCUUGUUAUGGAGCUUGACAACAUGGUUAAAAUAGCUGAGAAGUGCAACAUCCAGGUUCCUAUGGAAGUUCUUAAUUUAAUAGAUGAUGGAAAGAAUCCAGACGAAUUCACAAGGGAUGUCAUAAACAGCUGUAUUUCCAAAAAUCAGAUCACGAAAGGCAAAACUGAUGCGUUUAAGGGUUUACGCAGACAUCUUUUGGAAGAACUUGAACAAGCAUUUCCUGAUGAAGUUGAAUCAUACAGAGAAAUACGUGCUGCCUCUGCUGCCUCUGCUGCUGAUUUGAAGAAGCUUGCACAAGCACAAAGCAUGUUACCAAAUGGAGAUAUGAAGGUCAAAUCCGAGCUUUAGGCGCCCAUGUCAGUAUUAUCUUUUGUUAUUAUUAGUGUCCAUCUCUUGGCAUGUCUUUGAUCUUGUGAUUGUUGAUAAAAGCCAAAUGGAUACAUGGAUAAUACAACAGAUUUUUUUUUUUUUCUAACUUUCUUGUCAGUACUUGCUGAUCUUAAAUUUGGGAAUGCAAUAACUUCAAUUUUUUUUA